AUGGGAAAGGACAAGCAGGAUAAAGCAGAAAAAUAUGAACAAGAUAAAAUUUAUCUUGAAAAAAUGUUUCCCAAGGGUGAUUUCUCAUUAGAAAACUUUUCCUCCAAGUAUGAUCCCGAACUGUGUGGGAAAUGGAAAGUCUUGAAGCCUUUGUUGGAGCAAUGGAAGAAAGCGCAGUUUAAGGUAUUGCUAUUUUCACAAAGUACAAAGAUGAUGGAUAUUCUAGAAUACUGGCUGCAGCAAGAUUUUCCAGAGUUUGUUCGUCUUGAUGGUAGUGUGGCGAUUCGUGAACGAUUCAAAAGAGUGGAUGAGUUUCAGACGGAUCCAAGCAAGUUCAUCUUUUUGGCUAGUAUCAAGGCUGCUGGUGUUGGCUUGAAUUUAACGGCAGCAAACAAAGUAGUACCAUCGUGGAAUCCCAGUCACGACGCCCAAGCCAUGGACAGGGUAGUACGGAUUGGACAGAAGCGUGAAGUCGAAUGUAUACGACUGAUCUCGUCUGGAACGACGGAGGAACUGAUCUAUCACAGACAAUUAUACAAGCAAGGUCUUUCUGAAGUCGCCAAUACAGGAAAGGCCCCAUCCCGACAUUUCACUGGAGUUCAGGGCGAUAGCAAAAAUCAAGGCGACAUAUUUGGGGUAAAAAACAUUUUCAAAAAGCAAGCCAACGAACGUGCCAUUCUCGAUCCAGAGGAUUUUCCUAUGCUUUCGAUCAAUUCGUGGCUAAUGAAGGAAAGCGAGGAUAAGUUUGAGCUUGUGCCAUUAGAAAGGUCGCCGCAAACCUCACAGCCAGAUGCGAAUUCAGCUGAAGCACUAUUACGGCACGUUGGUGUCGAUAUUCUCCCCCAUGGAGAAGUGGUUAAGGCUGCUCUGGAUCCGAAACAUCAUAGAGACGUUUUGCUACCUCGAACUAAGCCUGCCAAGAAGGUAAGGCCAAGUGAAGUAACCCAGCCACCUCUCCGUGGAGGCAAACGGAAAGCCAAGGCUGCAGAAAAAAAGAAACUCCAGUCGGAGGAACACAACUCCUCCGAUUCCUCAAGCUCGGAUUCUCGUCGUGUUAGAGGAGUCGUUUCAAAGGAUUUUGGAUCGUUAAAAUCUAAAAGGAAAAGAUCUUCAUGA